UGACGUCACAUUAGGCCUUUGGUGUUUGGUCACUAUGGUGAUUUGCCAAGGUGAUAAACAAGAUGCAAUGAAGCGUCAAAUUACUUUCAAUAACUCAUCAUGUUUUCUAUUGAAACCCUAUCAAAAAGUUGUGUUGUUCAAAAUAUUGAAAUUUGGUAACAAAAAAAAUAUUAAAAAAUUUACUUUCAUUGCUGAUUUUUACAAAAAUAAUUCUAUAUUUUCUAAAAUAUUUUUUUUUUAAAACAAUCAAUUUUAUAUAAUAAAUAACUCUUGUAUACUAUAAAAGUAAAUGCAAUCACCGCGUAAAGCUUCAUCCGCUUUAAGUCAAAUAUCCGAAGAAGAAGGAAACAUGAAUCCGGCCGCUACUAAAAGUUGUGAAAGUCUAUAUUCUAAUAGUUCGAAAGGUUCGGCCAAUAUUAUAUAUAGACGUAAACCAGCUGCAGGUGUCACAAAUAAAGGUGGUACAAGACAGCCUACUAUUAUACCGGCCACCAAUGAAGUCAGGCAAAGAGUUUUAUCGGCAAGACGUCUAAGAAUGAAAACCUAUCAAAAUCAAUUGGCUGAUGCACAACAAACCAUAGCGGAGUUGGCUCAUGAAAAUCGCAUAUUACGCACCUUACAUAAACGUCAGGACUCCGCAUUAUCCAAAUAUGAAUCAACCAAUGCUGAGCUUCCCCAGUUACUACAUUCACAUGCCGAAGAACUGCGAGUAUGGCAAACUAAAUAUCGUAAUUUGCAGGCUGUCAAUAAGGAACUUGAGCAUAAGCUUAAACAAAAGGAGGCUGUUAUUCUAUCGUUAAGUGAUCAAAAUAAAUAUUAUAUUCAAUUGAAUAAGGACAAAAAUCUGGAAGACCGCCAACGUUUAACUGAAAAACUACAAAUGUUGGAGACACGUUUACAAGAGAAGGACAACGAUAUAAAAAUGAUGGCUCGUAAAAUGCAAUUGGAAAACAAACAAUCUAAACAGCAGCUACAAAUGGAGCAGAAGAAAAAUAAAGACAUCUUAAUGAAAUUGGAAAAAGCACGCUUAGAAUUGUCUGGUUAUCGUAAACUAGAGGAAUUGCAGCUGCAGGAUAAAUUCAAUGUAAACUUAAGACGCAAUAAAUGCGGUAUUAAUGAAGGCACUAAAGAAGAAAAAGAAAUUGACAAAUAUUCGUUUGCAAAUAUCAAUGAUGCAGAAAUUGCCGAUGAUAUAGAAGCUCUAAACAGCCAAAGAUCAACGCACAGCACUAAUAAUAUAAUACAACGCAAUACUCGUUCAAUUAAGAACUCAACUAAUAAUAAAAAUCAUAUGACACUCUCCUCGUCUUCUACAACUGUGAUACAGCACAUUUCAAAACAACAAAUGCCACCUAACAAGUCAAUAGCUGUCUUAAGACGUAUUGAUCAAGGUGAUGGAGAUGCUUCCAAUAUACAUGAUGUUUACAAAACCACAAAUACUUUCAACUCAACACUAAUGCAAAAACAACAUUCAAACUUGUCAUCCAUGACACAAAGUCAACCAGAAAAGCUCGAUAAUCAUGAAUAUGAAGAUUACGAUAAUGAUGGAGACGACGACGACGAGCUUGAACAAACUAAAGAAUCUGAAGAGAAUUUGAGAAAUAACCACCGUGAUGAUACUGAUGUGAAUGGAGAUUUUAUAAGUAAUAUUAAUGGGACAGAUAAUGAGAAAAAUAUUGACGAUUAUUAUGAAGAAACCCAAAAAAUUGAAAUUCCCAGUACCGGCAAAAAAACCAACAUGAAGGAGGAAAUAUCUAGUAUACGAAAACAAAUAUCAGACGACUACAAGGAAAGAGAAGCUUUUUUGGAUACAUUUUGUCGUCAGGCUACCAACGGAGUAUUGCGCGAUGAAACUCCAAAAAAACGUAAUAGCAUUGCAACGGAACAACAUAAUGUGCCCAGCAAUCGUAAACAUAAACUUUUGGCAGCCCUUAAAGCCAUAGAUGAUAAUAAGAGUCAGGAUUGAAUUACAUUUUAAUAUUCAUUCUCUAUUUUCUUAUACAAAAAUAUAAAACAAAUUAAUUUUAUAC